AUGGCUGGAGAGUUGGAUGCAGAGAGGGUGCCGUGGGUGAGGCAAGAUGGCUGUGACGCUGACAACACCUGGUUUCUGCAAGACAACCAGGAGAAGCCCGACGACCUGAUCUACAAACAAGAGACUCAGGCAGCUUGGCUUCAGAGACUUUUACUUUCCGUUCUCUGCAUCUUCUCCCUUUUCACUCUAGCAGUCUUCACCCUCAGCCAAUUCAUCACAUCCUCGCCAGCCCAUAAUGACGACUACUCAGAGACUACAGUGUCACCAUCAUCAUCGCCAUCAGUCAUUCAACACCAUGAAGAUACCCUUUCUGCACCUCGACUUAGGGAUCCCGAUGAGUACAUCCUCUCACCCUCAUGGGAUUUUGACGCUCAUCCGAUAAUCCGAGAAUAUUUCUGGACUAUCACAACAGCUACCCUCAACCCAGAUGGUGUCUACCGCCCAAUGUUUCUCAUCAACAACCAAUUCCCUGGUCCUCUGGUUGAAUGCAAUGAGGGAGAUAUAAUUGUUGUACACAUUAUGAAUCAAGCACCCAAUGCAACUGCCAUACACUUCCACGGUAUAUUUCAGAACGGCACCAACAAUAUGGAUGGAACUGUGGGCAUUACGCAAUGCCCGAUUGCGCCCAAUUCAAACUUUACCUAUCGGUUCAACGUCAAAGGUCAACAUGGCACAUAUUGGUACCAUGCUCAUCACAGUGCCCAGGCUUCUGAUGGUCUACUAGGGCCGAUGGUUGUUCACUCAAAACAAGAGCGGGAACUGCAGAAGCUUGACUAUGCAACCGACAGAGUUAUCAUGGUGCAGGAUCACUAUCACAACUUGACUUCAGAGCUUCUGAUGGAUUACCUUGCUCCUGAUCAGGAAAACGACGAGCCCGUACCCGACAACGCGUUGAUCAACGGACGUGGUGUCCGUGAUUGCUCGGACUUUUUGGGUUGGCCGUGCGAUACCACGAACGUAUCAACGCCAAAGAUCGAUCUCGAAGCUGGAAAGCGUCACAGGCUGCGCAUCAUCAAUGUUGGAGCGUUUGCCGAGUUUCAGAUCCAGUUUGAUGAGCAUCCGUUCUACAUCACCGAGGUCGAUGGAACGGAUGUUCAUCCAGAGACUUUCCAUCGCGUCAACAUCCUCCCAGCACAAAGAUACAGCGUGGUGCUGGAAACCAACGUUACUUCAUCCAGCCCAGUGUUUUGGAUGAGAGCGCGAAUGGUGACACACUGUUUCAAGAGAGAGAAUAUGCAUCUUCAACCUGAACUAAGGGCUAUAAUACGUUACACAUCACCAGACUCGGCACCUCCAGCGGAACAACCUACAAGCAAAGAAUGGUCCGAAGCCAUCGAGGUCAUAUGCCGGGAUCUAAACACCACUGCCCUUCGUCCUGCCGAGUCAAUAUCUCCACCCCAAGCAGAUGACUUUAUAGUGUUGCGAGCAAACUUUGAAAUCGGCGACUGGCGACUAGCUCGAGGUUUCUUCAAUGACUCGACAUGGCAUGGCAAUGCUACGCAUCCAUCGCUGCACCGAUAUCUGGAUGCGGGUGUCAAGGGGUCUGUUGAAAGAGGUGCUGUUAGUGUGAACGAACAAGUUUUUGAUCGCAAGAAGGAACUGGUCCUUGAAACGACAGAAGUUCGCACCAUUGACAUCUCCAUCAACAACUUUGAUGACGGUGCCCAUCCUUUCCAUCUCCACGGCCACAAGUUCUUUGUCCUCUUGCAAGGGAAUAGCGGGUAUCCUCCAAACUCUACUGAGCUGCCAAAAUACCUCAAAGAACACAACCUGCUCGAGAAUCCACUGCGUCGAGAUACCAUCACGGUCGAAGGCUACGCAUGGGCCAUCAUCAGGGUAGUCCUGGAUAAUCCAGGGAUGUGGGCGUUUCAUUGUCACAACACAUGGCAUGCUGAGUCAGGCAUGGUGAUGCAAUUCCUUGUGAAAUCGGAUGUGAUGGGUGAAUGGGAAGUCGACCCUGAACAUCGAGAGAUGUGUGCGAGAAAGGGCGUCGCAACAGGGACGAGGCCAGAUGAUAGCAUUUGGUUUGGACAGUUUAGGGAGUAG